GGCGUCGCGGCCUCUGCGCGCCGCCGCCUCUGGGCUCUUUUACGCACAGCUUGAUCCAAACUCCGGGAGGCAGGAGAAACCCCGACGCAUGCCGGGAGGGCUGCUAGCUUUCCUGGCUGCUCCCUGGGCUCCAGGUCGGUGAUUUCUCUGGAGCCUCCCGGGGGGAGAGGCUCGGAAAGCUCACCGCUGAGCAGCAGCUGAGCCGGGGAAGCUCCGGCCGCCUCCUCCCCGGUCUGCCGGGGCUAUUUUUAGCCCCCAGAGGAGAGGUGGCAGCGGCUGCCUGUCGGUGCCUCCUUUGUGGAGCAGAGACGGGGAGGCGCUGAGCCUCUCGGCCCUCCGAGGGCUUCGGUUCCGGGGGGUGUAACAUUGGGUCUGGGGUUCGGCUGUUCUGCGCUUGUUGCUCGGUUGCUUGGUGACAUUGGCCCUCAGGCCGGUUGGCAGGAAGAUCACUUCCUUUUCAGACCAUGAUCAGGCAAAUCGGGCGAGCCGGUCUGCUCUCCUGCUCACAGCGGCUCUCAGACAACGUCCCCCGUCGCCCUGCCGCCUCUCCGCAACAACAACCACAACCCCCUGACGGGAGGUCCUAAGGCCGCCAUGUCGGACGGCGUCCAGCUCUCGUCUCAGUCCCAGGUCCACAUCACCCAGCUGUACGAGGAGAACUCCAACAAGCGUUCGGUCCUCUCCACCCAGCCCAACGGCCUGGCUCCGCUCGGCUCCGCCCGGCCAGGCCUGCCGCUUCCAGACCGACUGACCUCGGCGUCCGAGUCCGCGCACCACGGCCGCCAGGGCAGCGCCACCUCCAACAAGCUGGCGGACGGCAAGCCAAAGCCCAACCACAUGACGCCCGAGCUGGCCAUGAAGCAGUUCAUGUCCAAGUUGUCGUCGUUCGAGCACCACGAGGUGUUCAACUACCCUGAAGUGUAUUUUGUCGGCCAGAACGCAAAGAAGAGGUCCGGCGUUCUGGGCGGCGCCAACAACGGGGGCUAUGACGACGAUCAGGGGUCCUACAUCCAGGUGCCACACGACCACAUCGCUUACCGCUACGAGGUCCUGAAGGUGAUCGGCAAGGGCAGCUUCGGACAGGUGGUGAAGGCCUUCGACCAUAAAACCCAGACCCACGUGGCCCUCAAGAUGGUCCGCAACGAGAAGCGCUUCCACCGGCAGGCUGCGGAGGAGAUCCGCAUCCUGGAGCACCUGAGGAAGCAGGACAAGGACUCCAGCAUGAACGUCAUCCACAUGCUGGAGCACUUCAACUUCAGGAACCACAUCUGCAUGACCUUUGAGCUGCUCAGCAUGAACCUCUACGAGCUCAUCAAGAAGAACAAGUUCCAGGGCUUCAGCCUCCCGCUGGUCAGGAAGUUCGCCCACUCCAUCCUCCAGUGUCUGGACGCGCUGCACAAGAACCGCAUCAUCCACUGCGACCUCAAACCGGAGAACAUUUUGCUCAAGCAGCAGGGACGCAGCGGCAUCAAGGUCAUAGACUUUGGCUCCAGCUGCUAUGAACACCAGAGGGUUUACACCUACAUCCAGUCCAGGUUCUACAGAGCUCCAGAGGUGAUCCUAGGUUCAAGGUAUGGGAUGCCCAUCGACAUGUGGUCCCUGGGCUGCAUCCUGGCUGAACUGCUGACUGGUUACCCACUGUUACCAGGGGAAGACGAAGCUGACCAGCUGGCCUGUAUCAUUGAACUACUGGGCAUGCCCAGUCCAAAGCUCCUGGAUGCAUCUAAGCGAGCAAAGAACUUUGUGUCAUCCAAAGGCUACCCGCGUUACUGCACCGUCACCACCAAGCCUGACGGCACCGCGGUCCUGAACGGAGGACGCUCACGACGAGGGAAAACCCGCGGCCCCCCAGGCAGCAAGGACUGGAGUGCGGCGUUGAAGGGUUGCGAUGACCCGGCCUUCCUGGACUUCCUCAAACAGUGUCUUGAAUGGGACCCAGUGCUCAGGAUGACACCGAGCCAGGCACUGCGCCACCCCUGGCUCAGGAGGCGACUUCCCAAACCUCCAUCAGGAACCACAACCGGAGACAAAACCUCCUCAACUAAACGUGGCACUACCACCACUGAUGGCGCCAUCACCUCCAUCUCCAAACUUGCCCCCACCUCCUCAACUACCACCUCCUCCUCUUCCAAAACUAGGACUAACUUGGCGGCCAUCACCGACGCCAACGGAAACAUCCAGCCAAGGACCGUUCUGCCCAAACUGGUCAGCUGAGAGUGAAUACACCCCACCCACUGUGGGUGGGGGAUGAAGGCGGAGUUCAUGAGCAACAAGCUAGACCUGAAUAAAACUGGUCUUUCCAGUUUUGAAGCGCAUUUGGUUAUUUAUUGCAUUAAUGAGCUGCGUUCAAGUGAAAUGCAGUCGUGGCAUCCUGACAUUGGAUUAUCAAAACAAGCAAACCAAUGGCCAAGCCCGGGAUAUUAACUGAGCUAAGAAACUCUGGGUGCAUUCAGACGCCUCAAAUUCAUCUCGUCUGACAAAGAUGGGCUGAAUUUUGAACAAAAAAAGAUGGUAAAGUAACGACACAUUGUGGGGCGGUUCAGACAAUCGGAACACAUCACACUGCUCUGUAGCUCCAUACUCACAAAAACACAUCAAAAACAUGGUGCUUUUGGAGGGAACAAGGCUUUUUAAAAUAUUUUAUAAUGAUCUUUUUAGCUGAGUCAUAAAAUCAAUUUAACACCAAAAAUAUUCAGUGACUUCAGUCUUACAAGUUCAUAUCCACAGUGUUAGGGUUUCGCGUUUAGUCUUGGUGUCAUAUACCGAUUUUACCACAUGUGUUGUAAUCACAAAGCUGCGUCUGGUUUUGGGGUCAUUUUACGUUAGGCGUACUGUUGGACAUAUUAGACAUUCAGUCUUGCAUUUUUUUCUAUCCAAAUCCUGGCAUCAAAACUUUCAAAACCCUGAUUUUAAACAGCUACCUGUUAGCUGGCUAACAGAAUUAUUAAGCCAGUUUUAUAUUGUAUCAACUAGCUAGCCAUGUGAGCAUGCUAGCAUAGUGCCUGUUAGCUGGCUAACUGUUAGCUAGCACCGACUGAUUUAGUAAACAGCUAUAUGUUCAUGUUUAGCUGUAAUAUCGCUACCUAUAUUUUAGGUUACUAGCUAGCAGUUAGCCUAGCACACAUAAAGGAGUUAGCUAACUGUAGCUGGCUCAAUGUUUGCCUUCUUUAUCAGUCUGUUGGCUAGCCUUAGCCUUUAUAGCCAUAGCGUGUCAGCUCUCCACUGCCCGGCCUUAUCAUACUCAGAAUGACGAAAUGUUUCUACUUUCUGUAAUUUAUUGUUUGUUUUACAGGUUAUAGAGCAGGUGAAAGAGUUGAUGGAGGGAACCGCCUGCAGAGGGUGGCUGUGUUUACAAAUACCGGCUUGUUCCCUUUUGUAUGGAACCAAAUAUGAAUUUUAUGGGCACAACCAGGCCAAUGAAGGAGUAGUAACCUGAGACGAUAGAUUCAGUGUGGUUUACAGACAAGUUAAAGUCAAGGCCUUCUGAAGUCUCUAAAAUUAUUUUAAAAACUUUAUUAUCUGCUGUAAUAUGAAAAAUAAAAAAAAACACAUUUGGAAAAGCUAAAUAUUGUCUACAGUAAAACUACGUAGAUUUUUAAAUAGGACCUCUUAUAAAUAAAAUAUCCCUGAUUCUUAUAGUUUGCCCCCUGUCAGAUUUCUCUUUUUUUAUCCCACAUUAAAUGUUUAAGAUCAUCAACCAAAUUUAUUUUUCAAACAAAGAUAACCUGAGUGAAAACACUUUACUCAAACAGAUUUGAUUUCAGACAUUGACUAGGCCAUUCUUAAAUAUUGCUUUUUGGGUUGUUUUUGGUGUUUUUAACCCAUUAAGAUGUGGAUGUGCUGCGGCGCUUUGGAUUAUUCUCCUGCUGGGUAACCCAAGUGUGCUUGAACCUAAAGUCACGCAGUGAUCGGCCAGACGUUGUCCUUCAGGUAAUCUGGUAGAGAGCAGAAGCCAUGGUUCAUCAUCAAUAACAGCAAACAGCCCCAAACCAUCACACUACCACCACCAUGUUUGACUGUAGGGACACACUCUCCCAUGGAAGCCAUUUUGCCCAUUUCUUUUCUGACCUUAUCAGAGGCAUGUGAGCCCUUCAAAUACUAUUCUGGGUUCUUCUACAAAUUUUCUUUGAUGAUCUAAAGCAUUUAACUGUGACGGUAAUCAAAAAUCUGAAGAAAUCUGUGAGGGGACAAAUACUUUUUCAUAGCUUUGUACGUAAGUGACGAAAGAAUUACAUAAUGAGACAAGAACUAAAGCAGUAAAGACAUUAAGGCUUUAAGGUUUAGAUAAAGAUUGGUUUUCAGUUUCAAUCGAAAUCCCGCAAUAAAAAAUACAGCAGGCUAAAGCUGCCUAAUUAUCCUCGCAUUACGUCUGGGUCAGGAUAGUUUGGAGACACUGAAGCUCCUUAAAAGAUACACUAUGUACCUUUUGAAAUCCUCUAAUUGAAGUAAGCCUAACAAUCUUGUUUCCCAUUAUUUUUAGCUUUGGAGGAUUUGUGAAAAGAACAAAUGAAAUUAAUUUUGUCACAAAAACACAAAAAGGAAGCAUACAAUUCCUCAUCAAAAGUAAUAAUGUGCCGAGUUAGGCUGGAAUCACUAAGAAAGAAGAUGAGGGAGUAAGACUAUAAUGCAAAAGCUGCAUUAAAAACAAUCAGCUUAAAACUGCCGGUCAGACUGUAUGGAAUGCCUUUUUAAUCAAAAUGUUUUAAGACAAGAAAUUUAAUAGAGCAUCUUUUAAGAAUAACUUGUUUUUUUUUUUUUUUUUUU